AUGAACAAGUUCAAUGCGAACAAGAGCAAGGUGAAUUUGAAGUUGGCGUCAGGCCGACUAAAGCUUCUCCGUCAAAAGAAGACUACGCUAAAUGAGCAAAUGAAGCGAGAGAUUGCUGACUUGUUGGGCAAGAAGAAGGAAGAGAGUGCUCGUAUCAAGGUUGAACAUGUAAUAAGGGAGGAUUUCAACAUGGAAGCUAUGGAGAUCUUGGAAUUAUAUUGUGAAUUGCUGCUUGCCCGUUUCGGAUUGUUGGAAACGAUGCAACAUUGUGAUCCUGCUAUUGCUGAAGCUGUAAAUACAAUCAUAUACGCUGCACCACGAUCAGAAGUCAAGGAGUUGUAUGAGUUGAGAGACCAAUUCGUCAAAAAGUAUGGCAAGGACUUUGCUAUGGCUGCACAAGAGAACAGGAAUGAUGUGGUCAACAACAGGAUAAUAGCCAAACUCAAAGUUCAAACGCCAGAUCCUUUACUAGUCAACCAGUAUUUGAAAGCUAUAGCUGAGAGUUAUCAUGUUGAAUGGGAUGGAGAUACAAGUAACUCGGAUGCUCUCGUUGGGAUUGAUUCAGCAUUACUGAAUCCAGAAUUGGGCAAUGCUGAAUCUGCAUUCCAACAUCCAUAUACCUUCCCACAACAAUUCCCUCAACAGCAAUUGAGACCUGGUGUCCAGUACGGUGGUCAACAACCACCACAGCAAUUCCAGCAACAGCCGCAACAACAGCAACAGCAAUAUUUCAUGCCUCCACCACCAGGAAACUACGGACCACCUGGGUUUCAACAACCAAGGGUUCCAUCGCCCUUUGGGAAUGAUGGGUAUUCGCAAGCUGGUAUACCUGGACAACAACAGCAACCACAAUAUGUGGAUCCUAGAAUGCAGCCUGGGUCGUCCAAUGCACCACCACGACCAGAGAGUCCCAGUGCAGGAUUACCAAACUUCCCCAACAUACCUACAAGUAAAGUUGGUGGAGAUGGAAAUGCAGGAGAUGAUUCUGGUGAUUUGCCAGACUUUGAUGAACUCACACGAAGAUUUGAAGCUCUGAAGCGGAAAAAGUGA